UAGCCGGCUGAUGUCCAUGUAGGGGCGGGAACAGCAGAACCAGACAGCGGCUUCUCUUAAAACACAGUGACCUCAACCAGGCGGCUGUCAUACCAGCUACCUACCUGCCUAACCACCAGCCUGAGCUUCAGUUUCCGACAGGCAGCACACGUGGACACCCCCAUCCUCACCAUCAUCACUAUUACCAUCAUCCACACUCUCACACCAACACGUGGAUUAUUGUACAGCAUCACUGAGGCUCCCACGCGGAUGUGAUGUGGCUAAACGGAAGAUAAAGCCUAACUGAGUGUUUGUCCUCCAGUAGUAUCUGUAAUUAUUUUCAGUCACAUUGUUUUACUUUGUGUGAGAGCCAUGGAGAAGUCAGUGGACACCGCCUCCACCAACUCCAUGCAUCUGAAACAAGAGAUUUCUUUGUUGCAUGGCGUCUGCCUCAUCGUGGGGAAUAUGAUUGGCUCAGGUAUCUUUGUAUCACCAAAGGGAGUGCUGCUGUAUACGGGCUCAUUCGGUUUGUCGCUGGUGAUUUGGGCUAUUGGUGGCGUGUUCUCUGUUUUUGGUGCCCUCUGUUACGCUGAACUUGGCACCACCAUCCGCAAGUCAGGCGCCAGCUAUUCCUAUAUUCUAGAGUCGUUUGGAGGCUUCCUAGCUUUCAUUCGUUUGUGGACUUCGCUCAUUAUCGUUGAGCCAGCUUGCCAGGCAGUCAUCGCUCUUACCUUCUCCAACUACCUGGUCCAGCCCUUCUACCCCACCUGCAUUGCUCCAUAUAUUGCAGUACGCAUCAUUGCAGCUCUUAUCAUUGGUCUCUUGACUUUUGUGAACUGUAUGAAGGUGAAAUGGGGGGCCAUCCUGCAGGUCAUUUCCACCGUGGCUAAAGUCCUGGCUCUGAUCGUCAUCAUCAUUGCUGGGUUAAUCGUACUGGCUAAAGGAGAGACUCAACCCUUUGAGAACUCUUUUCAAAAUUCUAAGCUGAAUCCUGGAGACAUGGCUUUAGCCUUGUACGCUGCUCUCUACUCGUACUCUGGAUGGGACACACUCAACUUUAUCACUGAGGAGAUCAAAAACCCAGAGAGGAACCUGCCGCUGUCCAUAGCCAUCUCCAUGCCCAUCGUCACUGUGAUCUACCUCCUGACCAACAUUGCAUAUUACGCAGUCAUGGAUAUAGACACUGUGCUGCACAGUGAAGCUGUGGCAGUGACGUUUGCUGAUAGUGUCCUUGGCUAUGCUCGCUGGCUAAUCCCUCUGUCUGUGGCGAUCUCCUGCUAUGGUGGUCUGAACUCCUCAAUCAUCGCUGCCUCCAGGUUGUUCUUUGUCGGAUCAAGGGAGGGUCAUCUGCCAAACGUUCUGUCCAUGAUCCAUGUUAAACGCUACACACCAAUCCCAGCCUUGUUGUUUAAUGGUGGCAUGUCCUUACUGUUCCUUUUUGAGAAGGAUGUUUUCCGGCUCAUUAAUUAUUUCAGCUUCAAUUACUGGCUGUUUAUUGGCCUUUCCAUUGGCAGUCAGAUUUACCUGCGCGUGAAAGCUCCUGAGAUGCCACGUCCUGUAAAGCUGAGUCUGUUCUUCCCCAUAGUCUACUGUUUGUGCACCUUGUUUUUAGUAGUGGUGCCGCUGUACAGCGACACUCUGAACUCUCUGGUGGGAAUCGUGGUGGCUCUCUCUGGAGCUCCGGUCUACUUUAUCUGUGUGUACCUGCCUCAAAGCUCCAGACCCGCCUUCUUGGGGGAAAUGCUUGAUAAGAUCUCAUUGUACACCCAGAAGCUUUGUUUCUGCUGUGUAGCAGACCCAGGCCUUGACCUUGACAACCCACCUGAAGGGGACAAAACUGAAUGAACGUGAAACUGGCCUUACCAAUGAACCUUUUCCUCGUUCCUCCUCCACUCCAGCUAAUUCAAGGAACCAGAGGAUUGUUUUUUAGGAUUUUAUCUUUUUUAUAUAUAUAUUAUUUGUCUACUUUUUUCUAAUGUUUUUUUAAUUGAACACAAACCAGCGGACCUUAGGUUAAGCGUUCAGUCUCACUCUCAGUCUGGAAAAUGGAGCUAGAAAUAUUGAGGUGAGGUGAGUACUGAGGCUAUGCUACAGCAUGAGGCUGAGCACACGCUCCUCACUGUAGACAUCAAGAGAUAAUCAUCAUAUCGUGAGUGGCUGCCUCUGAGGCUUAAAUGGAAUUUCGGAAAUGCUGUGGGCUUAAGUGAGCCUUUGAGUUACUGUUUACCUUUCCUGAGAGAACAUUGUAAUAGGAAAAUGAAGGAUUAUGCUUUACUGGUGGCCAGAUCUUUGUCGAGCAUGUAGGCAAUAUUCCCAGUAAGUGGUUACUUUGUUAUAAGUUCCAUAAUGAUCUGUUUUUGUAAAGGAGAUGGAGAUGAGCAUUUCAGUUGUUAAAAAAAAGCUUUUACAUUCAUUUACAGUAUUCCAAUCUAUAAGUUUCUUUACUCACAUCUCUUUUACUAAACUGGUUCUUUGUGGAAUCAAAAAUGGUUCUUCUGAAGCACAGGUCUUAAAAUCUGGACCUUGAAUCUAGUUUACAGUCCUGGAUUUUAUUGCCAUUGAACGUUAAGGGAACAGCUAAUGUAAUUGAACAGACUAGCCAUGUUGUGUCACACCUACUUAUAAUUUUAUAAAUAUAUUAAAUAUAUAUUAUAAAUUAUAAUAUUAAUUCCUUAUAAUGCUAUGCUAUAAUGCUAUAAUGCAUAAAAUAUGGUGUGUAUAUAGUGCUUUCACAUAAAUACUUCUUUAUAUAUAAAGACAAAUCUACUAUCAAUUUAUUUUGCCCUUAAAUUAUUGAUAUUGUAAACAUGCUACAGCAGUUGUAUAUUACAUAUUAUUCAAAAAUAUAUUGUACGUUAUAGAAAGCCAUUUAUGUAUCAACAGUGAAUCAACUUUGCAGUCUUUAAUUUAAUUCUAAUUAAAAGUUAAGAAAAUAAUGAAUGUAGUUAAAUUGAUUGUGAUCAUUGACCGGUGUGACACAACAUGGCCAAAGCAUAGCCUGGAAACUGGGUUCAAGAUCAGGGACUGAAGACCUAUAUUCUAUGACCUCCCUCAUAGAACCCUUUAUAGCACCUUUAUUAUUAAGAGUGUAUGGACUAUGAUGAACUGGCCAUUUCUGAAAUAUCUGCUUGCAGUGCACUUAUUGUUUUAGGUUAUAUUUUGAUAUUGCAUUUAUAAAAUUGGCAUAUGAGAUUUUCUGCAUACAUCCUAGACUGAAGACCACACCCCACUCUGUUAUACAGAGGUGUAAAGUUUUAAAUGACAUCAAAUACAAAGUAAUGGAUUUACUAGUUCUGGCGCAGGUGAUGUUUCUGUAAUUUUCUUUUUAGAUUAAGCAAGACUUCUUUGCUUCAGUUUUAUAUCUUAAGGUUUAAUGCAAUUUUUGAAUUCAGACUUUUUCUCUUAAAAUUCACAUGUUAAAAAUUCUUAUUAUUAUAUUAUAUAGAUGUUUAAUUAUAUGCAGCUUUUUGCUGGUGUGGGUCAGAUCAAUACAACUUUGUGUAUAAAGGAGUUUGUCCUUAAACUACUGCUAUUGAAAAUACAGUUGUGUAUUAUAUAUUAUGCAAAAAUAUAUUGUACCUCAUAUAAAAAUAGGCCAUAUUAGUCAUCAAACGUGUUGCUACCAAUGAAAGGUGACGCAUAAGAUGCUUUUAUUUUUAUUUUAUUUUAUUUUUUUAAUAAAGAAAAGACCAAAAUCUGUAUCAGCAAUACACUUGUUACAUAUUUUACAUUUGUGGAUUCACCAUACUCUCAUAAGCAAACCAUUGUUUUUACGCUGCUUAUUUUCAGAUCUGGUUGCAUCCAUCCUUGGUUCUGUUUGUACAGUCAGCACUUGAAUCACUUGCACAUUUCUUUGCUUAAUUUCCGUCCUGUUCUGCACUUAUGACUAGGGGUGUAAUGGUACACAGAAGUCACAGUUCGGUUCAGAUUGAUGUUUGGACCUCACAGUUCGGUACGAGUGUGGUACUAAAAGGGGAAAAACCUGGAAAAAAAAUAAGAUUGACCCAGAUUUAUUUUUCUUUCAUUUGAACAGAUAUUUUGCAAGUUACAGUACAUUCCAUCUAGUGACAUUACAGCACAUUUGUUUCAGGGCACUUACAGAUGCAGAGUCUGCAUCCUCGUCCAGUCCACCAUGAUUUCAUGGGCUGUAAUAAGAUGUUAAAAACAUAUUUCUUGUUCAAGUCAUGAGGUGAGAGAUAAAGAAUGUAGAGAAAUAUAGAGAAAUAAAACUUGUGUAUGGAUAUUUUUCUCUACAUCCAGCUACAAAUGUGAAAGAGAUGAGAGCGGGUUAGAGUACAAGGAAAAGAAAGGGACUGACAAGACUGCAGUUGUUAUUAUAAAAAUAAUCCUAAACCACUAUAUUUCCCACAAUACCAUGCAAAUCCAACUAGUAAAUAUAGAGUUAGUGGUUACUGAAAGGCUGUGGAGAGUCCUUAAGCAAGACAUUAAAUAGUAUAGUCGAAAAAAACACUUAAAAUAUCAAAUGAAAUAUAUAAAUGUUAGUCAGCUCAACAUUGGAGUGUAUUAAAAAAACAACUAAAAGAUUGUGGUAUGCGAUAUAUCAUGAAAUAGUGUAUAAAAUCAUAAUUCUUGGGUUUCCCCCGUGUAAAUAUCACUUAAUGGGUCAUUUUAAAGCUGUUUACAGUUGGUAUGAAUAGUAAUUUUCUGUUUCUGUCACCUCUUCAGCACAGUAAACAGUUUUCAUGGUGGUAUGUGCACUGCGGUAUAUUUAUCCUAACUGCAUGUACUGUGUAUCUUGUGUGUUACUGUGUGAACCGGACCGUGACCCGUGUACCGUCAGGGUUUGGUUUGAAUACAUGUACCAUUACACCCCUACUUAUGACUGAAUGACCAAAGCUUCAGGCUAGUGGUGGUUAUGGAGCUCUUCUCUCCUGCACAGUUAAUCUGAAACAUACCAUUUUCAGAUACUUGAGGGAAUCUAGUGGAGCAUCUGAAAGUGAUAGCCAGCUGUUUCUCUGCUGGUCUUUCGUACGGUGUUCUUUUUUUUUUUUCAGCAAACCAAAAAAACUCAAUGUUUUAAAAGCCAUAUUUUAUUUUAUUUUAUUUCUUUAUAAUAUUUGUUCCAACUUUAUUUUUGUCUAGUUAGUCUGGCCAUGUUUAAUUGUAGGAAUAAUAGUGAAUGUGUUUUAGGAAUAUGUUGUGGGAUCAACUAGAAAACAACAAUUGAAUGGAUCUGGGUUGACUUGAGAACCUUAUCAGAAUGUAAUUUGUUUCCACUGUCAGAACGUGAGGAUGUUCAGAUGUUCAGUUUAGGAAAAAGUCUCUUUAUAAUGUUUAUUGUAGGAUUUUUUUUUACUGUUUUAGUGAAAUAUUAAAGGAAUGAAUUUGGGAUGCACCAAAUAUUCAGCAAUCGAAAAUUCUAUGUUAAAAAAUGGCUAUAUAAAGUGACUGUAAAAUAAUUUAUAGACUAAUUAAUAGUCCUUUUGCAGUAUUUACUCUUAACAACACUCCAACCACACCCCCCUCCCCCAGUCACUUUGUGUUUAGCUGCUUUGUUAAAUGCCAGUAGGCAGCGGAUAAACGGCAGGUUUAAGUUCAUUUUUACACAAAUGUAAUAAAAUGUAGUGUUCAGCCAGACUUACUUACUACCCUUCACCAGUUGGCUGUUUUCUAGCUCAAAGAUGCAAGUUGAUCAGGGAAAGGAUAGUAACAUUGAAUGCUAAACUAGCUAACUUGGCCUCAAUGACCCCUCCAGAGACAAAUAAACAACUAGCAACAAAUCUAAUCUACAAGCUACUUCACACAGAAUAUAAUCACCCCAAAAUGCCAAUGAGCGAAAGGUCUCUCUCCUCAUUCUCCCCUUUUGCUCUCAUGAUCACGCUUAGUUUCCUCUUUGCAUGCUCCUCUCUCUUUCUCUUCUCUCACACUCUUUCAUUCACACAAUUUCUCAAAAAAUGACACUUUCACUUUGGUGCAUCCCUAGAAAAGACUAGGUUACAGUUUAGACUAGCGAGUUCAGAGGACCAGGACCUUGUUUCAAUAGUGCGGAGGCAGACGCUAGGAUGGUCACUAUUGUCCUUCUUUCCAAUUCCCAGCAUGGACUUUUAUAAACCCCCACAUCUGCUUUCCCCACACUUUCAGUACUUCAGUCAUGUAUGCAGUUCGGCUCUCAUGUACACCAUGCACAAUUACUGUACAGUUAUCCUGUGCCUUCUCUAAAGGUGUUUUGAAUGACCAAAUAUUGUUAUUUUUAUGAUAUUCUUGGACAAUGUUAUAUUGUAUGUCUGUGUAAAGUUUACUUUGUAAAAUGUGGUUUACCAUCGUUUAGAAGUCACUCUGCUGGUUUCACGCUGUUCAUGUUGUUGUUCAGUCAUAAAUUGCUGUAUCACUCUUAUUGGGACAUGAGACUGCAGCAUGUGCAAUCAUUUAUGCAUAUUUCAUUGUCAUUCUUUCACCAUGUUCACUUUGUACAUUUUGUACAGGGUCUCACACUCAGACUUUUUUUGUGACUCACAUUUUAUUUAUUUUGUCCAAACCAAAUUAUUACUAUAAUAAAUAUUAUGCUUUGGGGGAAAA